AACGAUGCUUCGUCUUCUUUCUUCAUUGCCACCAAAGACGUACAUCGCAAUUUGCUCAGCUGAAACAACUUUGCCACUUUCUUGCCAUCCACACAAUACACUCACCCUUUUCAACCAUUAUUGCUUCCCCUUUACUUCCCCUCAAAAACACUUUAUCAUGUAAACUAGUUCCAUGAAUCAUUCCCAAUAUUCUUCUUCAGCGAGAUUCAUAGUUGUUACAAGUUCCUUAAUACUCUGUUCUUCAUUUGUUCAUUUCUGUCUUCUGUCAUCUAACCUGUAUUGAGAAUGUUCUGUAAUAUGGGUUUCUUCGAUUUCAAAUAGCUUCACUCUUCGUCUCUAUUCCCGUAAUUGGGUUUUAAUCUCAUCUUCUUCUCGUUCUCGGAGAGUGUUUUAACAAAAAAAACAAACAGAGGAACUUUGAAACAGAGUGAGUUCACAGAGCGAGAGAAGCCUGCCACGAUGGAAGAGACUUUCGUUCCCUUUGAAGGAAUCAAGAAUGAUCUUAAAGGAAGGCUAAGGUGCUACAAACAAGACUGGACCGGAGGAUUCAAAGCUGGCUUCAGGAUUCUUGCUCCCACCACAUACAUAUUCUUCGCGUCUGCGAUUCCUGUCAUCUCAUUCGGCGAACAACUGGAGCGAAGCACUGAUGGAGUUCUCACGGCUGUUCAGACGCUGGCAUCUACAGCCAUUUGCGGAAUCAUUCACUCCAUUAUCGGAGGCCAGCCUCUGCUGAUACUCGGAGUUGCAGAGCCAACUGUGAUCAUGUACACAUUCAUGUUCAACUUUGCCAAAGGGAGACCUGAACUGGGACGCAACUUGUUCUUGGCUUGGUCUGGAUGGGUUUGUGUGUGGACCUCGUUGAUUCUGUUUGUGCUGGCUAUAUGUGGAGCUUGUUCAAUAAUCAACAGAUUCACAAGAGUAGCUGGAGAGUUGUUUGGACUUCUUAUAGCUAUGCUCUUCAUGCAAGAAGCCAUCAAAGGACUAGUUGAUGAGUUUCGAUCUCCUGAGAGGGAAGAUCUGAAGCUUCUGGAGUUCUUACCUUCAUGGAGAUUUGCUAAUGGGAUGUUUGCUUUGGUUCUCUCCUUUGGUCUUCUUAUAACUGCACUAAGAAGCAGAAAAGCUAGAUCCUGGAGAUAUGGAACUGGAUGGCUUAGAAGCUUAAUAGCUGACUAUGGUGUGCCACUCAUGGUUCUUGUGUGGACCGGUGUCUCCUACAUCCCAACAGGAGAUGUUCCUAAAGGAAUCCCUCGGCGACUUUUUAGCCCUAACCCUUGGUCCCCUGGUGCUUAUGAGAAUUGGACUGUUGUAAAGGAGAUGCUUCAAGUUCCAGUAGUCUACAUAAUUGGAGCAUUCAUUCCAGCAACAAUGAUUGCAGUUCUUUACUACUUUGACCAUAGUGUAGCAUCACAGCUUGCUCAGCAGAAAGAAUUCAAUUUGAGAAAACCAUCUUCUUACCACUAUGAUCUGCUUCUUCUUGGGUUUCUGACCUUGAUAUGUGGUCUACUUGGAAUCCCUCCAUCAAAUGGAGUCAUUCCUCAAUCACCAAUGCAUACCAAAAGCUUAGCAACACUCAAGUAUCAGCUUCUUAGGAACAGACUAGUUGCAACUGCAAGGAGAAGCAUUAAGCAGAAUGCUAGUUUAGGACAGUUGUAUGGUAACAUGCAAGAGGCUUAUAAUCAAAUGCAGACUCCAUUAGUCUACCAACAGCCUCAGGGUCUAAAAGAGCUGAGAGAAUCAACAAUCCAAGCGACGACAUUCACGGGAAAUCUUGAUGCUCCAGUUGAUGAAACUCUCUUUGAUAUAGAGAAAGAAAUAGAUGAUUUGUUGCCAAUUGAAGUCAAAGAACAGAGAGUAAGCAACUUGCUUCAAGCAGUGAUGGUUGGAGGAUGUGUUGCAGCUAUGCCUAUCCUCAAAAUGAUCCCCACAUCAGUUCUCUGGGGAUACUUUGCCUUCAUGGCUAUUGAAAGCUUACCAGGGAACCAGUUUUGGGAAAGAAUCUUACUUCUCUUCACAGCACCAAGUCGAAGAUUCAAGGUUCUUGAAGACAACCAUGCGACGUUUGUGGAAACUGUUCCAUUCAAAACGAUAGCAAUGUUCACUAUCUUCCAAACAACUUACCUUCUGAUAUGCUUUGGCCUCACAUGGAUCCCAAUAGCUGGAGUUAUGUUCCCUCUAAUGAUCAUGUUUCUAAUACCAGUAAGGCAAUAUAUCCUCCCAAGAUUCUUCAAAGGUGCUCAUCUUCAGGACUUGGACGCAGCAGAGUAUGAAGAAGCACCUGCUUUACCAUUCAAUCUCGCAGUAGCGGAAGAUGAGAUGGGAUCAACGGCUUCUUAUCCAUGCGACUCUGAGAUUCUCGAUGAGGUGAUUACAAGAAGUAGAGGAGAGUUUAGGCACACGUGUAGUCCUAAAGUUACUAGUUCUACUUCAACGCCGGUUUAUCAUAGGAACCUGUCUCAAGUGUUUAGUCCUCGAGUGAAUGAACUAAGGGGUGGCAUGAUGAGUCCUAGUCUCGCCGGAAAAGGGCAAAAUAGUCCAAAGCCAAGUCCUUUGAACCCAUCUUCGUCGUCACCGGCAAAGUGAGAAUAAUUGUCAUGGGAGGCUUAAUAAAAACCAGAGGAGAUUUAUAUAUAUACUGUAUAAGUGUAUGCUAUGCUAUGUUAUGUUAUGUUGCACCAUAUUAAUUAACGUUUGUUUUGAUGAGA